UCCUUUUCUAGCUUCCGAAUCAGAAAAAGUAAAAAAAGAAACCGUGAAGAAAUAAUGCUUUUUUGUGUAUCUGGUUUACGGUUUCCUCGUGUGUCUCCAGUCUACAGGUUCGGUGCGUCAAGCUUCAAUGGCGCUUCUAGGAGUUGCAGUUUGUCGCUUUUGUUGAAGAAGCAUCACUUUUCUCGGAGGAUCUUUAUAGAAAAGUCUUCUUCUUAUUCAGCCUUCUCAUCCUUAACCGUUGCUGCAUCCAAGAAAGUGCUUGAUCCCGGUGGUCAGGGUGAUGCUUCUUCACCCAUGACAGAUCAACUGGAAAGUCCUAGCACUAUUUCAGAUGAUCCUCAGGUAAUUCAUAAUGUAGAUAUUGAAGGAAUGGAAGAUGAUAAAAUGAUUGCAGUUGAAGAACAAGAAUCUUUUCCGUCUGUGUUUGCAAAUAGUGAUGAAGAAGCUCAUGCUGAGGAGCCAUCUGUCCCUUUACACAGGAACGCAAGUACAGAGAAAAGUGAAGCAAAACCAAGGUCCAUUCCCCCUCCUGGUGAAGGGCAGAAAAUAUAUGAAAUAGAUUCACUAUUGUUGGGUUUCCGUAACCAUAUCGAUUACCGGUAUGCACAAUAUAAAAAAAUACGCAAGGAAAUUGACAAGUAUGAAGGUGGCUUGGAAGUGUUUUCUCGUGGGUAUGAGAAGCUUGGUUUCACGCGCAGUGAGACAGGGAUAACUUACAGGGAGUGGGCCCCAGGAGCUAAGUCAGCAGCACUGAUUGGAGAUUUUAACAAUUGGAACCCUAGUGCAGACACAAUGAGCCAGAAUGAGUUUGGUGUCUGGGAGAUCUUUUUGCCUAAUACUGCUGAUGGUUCACCAGCAAUUCCCCAUGGUUCUCGAGUGAAGAUCCGCAUGGAAACUCGAUCCGGGGUUAAGGAUUCUAUUCCUGCUUGGAUCAAGUUCUCUGUUCAAGCACCUGGUGAAAUCCCAUACAGUGGAAUAUACUAUGAUCCACCAGAAGAGGAAAAGUACGUAUUCAAACACCCCCAUCCAAAAAGACCAAAAUCACUUAGAAUUUAUGAAUCACAUGUUGGAAUGAGUAGCAUGGAGCCAUUAAUUAACACCUAUGCCAACUUUAGAGAUAAUGUGCUUCCCCGCAUUAAAAGACUUGGAUAUAAUGCAGUUCAGAUCAUGGCUAUUCAAGAGCACUCAUAUUACGCAAGCUUUGGGUAUCAUGUGACAAAUUUCUUUGCACCAAGCAGCCGCUUUGGAACUCCGGAUGAUCUUAAGUCUUUGAUAGACAGGGCUCAUGAGUUGGGUCUACUUGUUCUUAUGGAUAUUGUGCACAGCCAUGCAUCUAAUAAUGUUUUGGAUGGGUUGAACAUGUUUGAUGGAACUGAUGCUCAUUACUUCCAUUCGGGGUCAAAGGGUCAUCACUGGAUGUGGGAUUCUCGCCUUUUUAAUUAUGGAAGCUGGGAAGUACUAAGGUUUCUACUUUCAAAUGCAAGAUGGUGGCUGGAAGAAUACAAGUUUGAUGGGUUCAGAUUUGAUGGCGUGACUUCAAUGAUGUACACCCAUCAUGGGUUGCAGGUAGCAUUUACUGGAAAUUACAAUGAGUACUUUGGAUAUGCAACUGAUGUAGAAGCUGUUGUUUAUCUGAUGCUGGUUAAUGACAUGAUUCAUGGACUCUAUCCUGAGGCUGUCACCAUUGGUGAAGAUGUGAGUGGAAUGCCUACAUUUUGCCUUCCUGUGCAAGAUGGUGGUGUGGGAUUUGAUUACCGAUUGCACAUGGCUGUUGCUGAUAAAUGGAUUGAGCUUCUCAAGAAGAGGGAUGAAGACUGGAAAAUGGGUGACAUUGUUUACACACUCGUCAACAGGAGGUGGUUGGAAAAGUGUGUUGUUUAUGCUGAAAGUCAUGACCAAGCUCUAGUUGGUGAUAAAACAAUAGCAUUCUGGUUGAUGGAUAAGGAUAUGUAUGAUUUUAUGUCUCUGGAUAGACCAAGUUCUCCAAUUAUAGAUCGUGGAAUAGCAUUACAUAAAAUGAUUAGGCUUAUUACCAUGGGACUAGGUGGAGAAGGAUAUUUGAAUUUCAUGGGAAAUGAAUUUGGACAUCCUGAGUGGAUUGAUUUUCCAAGGGGAGAGCAACAUCUUCCUAGUGGCAAAGUAAUUCCUGGGAAUAAUUUCAGUUAUGAUAAAUGUCGGCGUAGAUUCGAUCUUGGGGAUGCAGAUUAUCUGAGGUAUAAGGGGAUGCAACAAUUUGAUCAGGCAAUGCAGCAUGUUGAAGCUAAGUAUGGCUUCAUGACUUCUGAGCACCAAUAUAUAUCACGAAAGGAUGAAGGUGAAAGAGUAAUUGUAUUUGAAAGAGGCAACCUGGUUUUUGUGUUCAACUUUCACUGGCAUGAAAGUUAUGGCGGUUACCGGGUCGGUUGCUCAAAGCCAGGAAAGUACAAGAUUGUAUUGGAUUCAGAUGAUCUAUUAUUUGGAGGGUUCAACAGGCUUAACCAUGACGUUGAGUUUUUCAGCACUGAAGGAUGGUAUGAUAACCGCCCUCGUUCCUUAUUGGUGUAUGCACCAAAUAGAACAGCGGUGGUUUAUGCGCUAGUUGAAGAUGAACCAAAAGCAACUGGCAAUUUACAACUUACUGAAAACGUUAAAAACUGUUGAAGAAGCCAAAGCUGUGAAGGCAUCGACACCUGUGGAAGAAUCAGAACCUUUGGACCGCUAAACUUUUUCUAUUACAGAAUCUCUUAUUGAGCAGCUACCCUAACUCAGCCUGCUGUUUUAGGGCCUACAAAUUGCACAAAAUGUAGAAGUCCAUGACCUUGGAGCUUCGGUAUCCAGGAGAUGAAAUGAUCGCCACUCAAAAGGGCUUUUCCUUUCAAGUGCAGUACAGUUGAUUAUCCAUCUAAUAAUUAGUCAAAUUUCAGUUGGUCACUUGCAAAUGUUUAUCGGUUUGUUAUCUGAAUUAUGCUCAGAGUCCUGUUUAGCAUGUCUUGAAACAACUUAUGUGCUUAUUUUUCUCGCAAACUUAAUUUUCAAGGAACCAUUAUUGUAGUCAGUUUGGUUCAAUAAAAGUAAAAAACAGAGUUCAAGCAA